AUGGAGGAGCAAUCGUUGGACAGGACCACUCUCGCCACCAUCUCUCUGCUCGAGGCCCGUCUCCUGCGGAUCGAGCAGAUUCUCCACGGCUCGAAUUCCGUGUCAGCCGCAAGGCCAGCUGGUGACUCGGCUGUCGAAUCACUUGCGAACCUGGAGCGCCGCUUUGCAGCCCUCAUCUCCCGCUUCCGCGUCUACGCCGAUAUCCUCAAGCUUUACCACACCCACCCGUCAUUCUUCCAGUCACCCGCACCUGACGACCCGGCCCCUUCCCAGCUGGAUACUGCCGCCCUCCGUGCCACAGUGCUCUCCUUCGCCUCCUCGUUCCCUAGCACCGUCUCCGCCCUGACGGCCGUCACAUCUGAUACUCCCGUCCCAGACCCAAAGCUGAGCGCCAACAUGGUUGCCCUGCUACCACGCAUGAAGGGUGUCGAGGCGACACAGCUGGCCCAGGAGGCGGAGAUCGGAGAACUUCGGGACCGCAGCGAGAGGGUCGUCAGGAAGUGGUACGAGGAGAGGGUGGUGGGCUAUGGGAGCUUCAUCGCCGACGUUGAGGGCCGAGUGGAGGGCGUGGAGCGUAAGGUGAGGAGGGCGGAGGCCCUAAGGGACAAGGAGGCUGAGGCUGUUUGA